AUACAAAAAACAAUCUACAAAUAGAUUUAUAAAAUGCCUGCGUAUGCAAAAUAUGAGUGAGGGAGAAAGGGGGGCAGAAGGAAAGAGCGAGAGGUGGAAAGUAAAUUAUAAAGAAAAGGGGAAGGAGAGAUGUUGAGAUAGUUUAUUUGUGAGGAGAUUUGAUCGGAUCAUGAUGUUAGGAUUAAGUUUCCUGCUUCUCCUGCUCUCUCGCUCAGCCUACUCGAUGCUGCUGGGAUGGGUGGAGUCUCCAGGGUAUCCCACUGGAUACUUGCCCCAUGCCAGUCUAAACUGGAGCAGGUGUGCCCCCAAAGGUCACACCCUCUCCAUCAAGCUCAUCCACCUGGACCUGGAGGACAGCCAAGACUGUGAAAAUGAUGCAGUGAAGGUUUUUUCAAAUGGAAACCUCAUCUCAGUUCUGUGUGGCAAAAAGGAAUUUGAGGAGCUUCAGUCCACUGUAAAUCCCUCGCUCCUCUCUUCCCCGGGUGGCUGCCUCUCUCUUACGUUCCACUCCGACUACUCAAACACCAAGAGGCACACUGGCUUCAGAGGCUUUUAUACCGAUCAAGACUUUGACGAAUGUGAGGACGACCCCAACAACGGAUGCACCCAGUUCUGUCACAACUACAUCGGAGGGUACCACUGCUCCUGUCGACAUGGUUACCACCUGGACGUGGACAAACACACUUGUACAGUGAGUUGUGCUAAGGAUCUGUCAGGGCUGAGCGAAGGUGACAUAUCCAGCCCCUCCUGGCCUGCUUCAUAUGCAGAGAAUGCCAACUGUCAGUACACCCUGUCUGUGGAGGCCACCCUGCAGCUAGAGCUGCACUUCUCCAAAGAUUUCGAUGUGGAGCAAAGCCCUGAUGGCCAAUGCAUAGACGCCCUAAGGUUUGAAACUCCCACUGGGACUCUGGGGCCAUUCUGUGGCCACACGCCUCCCCCCUCUCCCUUUCUCACUCACUCGCAUCAUGUCCAAAUCCGCUUCACCUCUGAUGGCUAUGGCACUAACAAAGGCUUCACUCUCCACUUCAGGACCAGAGACAAGGUCUGUCCAGCAGUGGUGACCUCACACUCCACUGUGACUCCUCAGCAACCAGAAUAUCGUCGGGGUGAAACAGUGACCGUAACUUGUGAUCUUGGAUAUGUUGCUGAUACUCAAGGCACCCAGAUGCUGUCAUCACAGUAUGUGACGAUAUGCCAGAAUACAGGCGUAUGGACUCCCAAUUACAUCUGUAAACCUGUGGAUUGCGGUUUUCCUGCUAUCCCAGAAGAUGGCAUCCUUCAGCUGGUGGGCUCAGAUAACCCACACACUCAGUAUGAAGACCAGAUCCAGUUUAACUGCAGCUCAAAGUACUACACACUGGAGGGAGAUGACAUGUACACUUGCGGUGCCAGUGGUGAAUGGGUAUCAGGGGGCGGCAAGACAGAGAUGCCGAAAUGCAUUGAAGUGUGUGGGAAACCUGAAAAACACCCUGCAAGUGCAGCCAGAAUUUUGGGAGGUAAGAAUGCAAACAUCGGAGAGAUACCAUGGAAUCUUUUGAUUAAAGCACCGAGCAGAGGAGGAGCAUCACUUAUCAAUGACCGAUGGGCUGUCACAGCAGCGCAUGUGGUGGAAGAUGUAGAGGAAAGCUCUUUGUCCCUGUAUGGUGGCCUGGUAAAUGGAAGAACAAUAUCAAAUAGAUUGUCUGAUGUUGUUGUCAUGAACAGUGAGAGGAUCAUAAUUCAUCCUGGCUACAUCAAGGGCAUUGAAGGACGCACCAAUUUUGACAAUGAUAUUGCUCUUAUCAGAUUAGCUUCCAGAGUGAAUUUAGGCCCAAAUCUUCUUCCCAUUUGUCUGCCAGAGGUAAACAGGGGCUUGAUUGAAAAUGAACAAGGCACCGUGUCAGGCUGGGGCAUAACAGAAACGGAGAGGUCGUCAGCCUUGUUAAAAUACGCUCAUAUUGGGGUCUAUUCCCUUACAGAUUGUAAGAAUACACCGUACACCACAAAUAACAAACGCAUGACUUUCACUAAUAACAUGUUCUGUGCUGGAGCACCAGGAAAGGACAGCUGCCUCAAAGACAGCGGAGGUCCAUUAGUUUUUCCUAUGUUGGCUCAACGCACAGAGCCUUAUUAUCUGGCCGGCAUUGUGUCCUGGGGACCCCCCUGUCAAGAGAGGCAGUACAAGGGUUAUUAUACCAAGGUGGAGAAUUACGUAGACUGGAUUAAGGAAACAAUAGAUACAAUAGAAAAGUCUUAGACAGAGGAAAGAUGAGGGAGAAAAUACUUUUCUACUAACCAUAAUAAUGUAAUCCAUUUCAGGACUGAUUCAAAUCUCUUAAAUAAAAAUGUUUAUGAAAAUAAAGACUAUAAUCUUGUAAUCAAAUGUAUCAACAUUAAUAACAUUAAGUUGUGAUCACAUUAUGACUUCAUACUUUUGUAUUAAAGGACUUUGCAAAUCAA